AUGGCAGCUCCAGAGCGCACCCUCGCAUUUAUCGGAUGUGGAAACAUGGGAGGUGCCAUUCUGCAUGGCAUUCUCGAUGCAGCAUUCCCGACUGAUGGGUCUAUUCCACAGCAGUCGCGUCCGGUUUCCAAUUUUAUCGCUUGCACAAAGAGCGUCCCUUCGGCAGAGCGGCUUCAGGGAUCACUCCGAGUAGCGCACCAGUCGCUGGUUAAGGUCACCUCUUCGCAAGAUGUGCCCAUCCAAUUAAUGAAAGAUGCCGAUAUCCUUGUCCUUGGCUUCAAGCCUUUCAUGGCCGAGGAUGUGCUCAGCGCGCAAGGAGUUCGUGAAGCGCUGGCGGGGAAAUUAGUGAUCAGUCUACUCGCAGGGCAAACACUGCAGAAUCUCGCGAGAAUCAUUCGAGGAGACAGCACAUUUGGCACAGUUGCAGAUCCGGUUCUUGUCAAGGUCAUUCCCAACAUGGGCGCCCAGUUUCGGCAGUCCAUGACCAUUAUUGAAACGCCUGAGGCCCCGAUCCCGCAGUACAUGACGGAGGUGGUUGAGUGGAUGUUUACUCAAGUUGGCAAGAUAAAGUACCUCCCGCAGAGCCAGAUGGAUCUUGGCUCGGUGCUGGUUGGUGCGGCAUUGGCGGCGAUGACUGUGCCCAUCGAAGGUAUCUUGGAUGGUUGUGUCGCCGAGGGACUCAAACGGCCAGACGCCACAGAAAUGGUCCUAUAUGGUCUACGUGGAUUAUCUGCAGCACUUGAAUCUGGAAUCCAUCCUGCAGUUCUUCGUGAAAGUAUUUCUUCGCCGCGUGGUUGCACCAUCCAGGCCCUCUUGACUCUGGAACGCGCAGGUAGUCGGGCGCACUAUGCGGACGCUAUCAUUGAUGGCACACAGCAUUUGAAGAAAGCAAAUAAAUAG